UGCACGGCCCGGCCGCUCUCGACCGCGCCACCGCCUCGCUGGGCAACCCUCGCGGCCGCCUGGUCCUGCCUCGGAACAAUGGGGCUCGGCGCUCGGACUGCCUGGGCCAUGGUGGCCCUGGGGAUACUGCUGGUGAUGUCGCUGCUCAAGCUGGCCGUGGACAGUGGCGAACCGGCGGGUUCUUCAGUCACUAAGGAUAACAUACUUCCAGGAAAUUCCAAUGCUAACCUAACAGGGAGUAUUCCACCUGUGCCUGCCAACAACAACAUGAUGACACCAUCAAAUGCAAUUUCUUUGAGAUCACAGAACGGAACAGGCACCACUGAGAAACCAUCAACAACUACAGUUUCCUCAGUUUCAAAGAACAAGACAAGCACUACCAAACCUUCUACAACUUCAUCCACAACUCCAGUUUCCUCAAAGAAUGGAACUACCACCACCAUGAAACCUGUAACACCAUCUAGCACGACUUCAACCACCUUGAAAUCUACAACCAAGAAAAUAAGUGUUUCACCAACCACAUCCCAAACUUCAACAUCAUCACUGACCACAACCCAUAAUAGUUCAGUGACAUCAGUUUCUUCAUCAGUAACAAUCACAGCAACUAUUAAUUCCAAAGGCAGUAAAUCCUCGAAAUUUGACACUGGCAGCUUUGUCGGCGGCAUUGUGUUAACACUGGGAGUAGUGUCUAUUCUUUACCUUGGAUGCAGAGUGUAUUACGCGAGAAGAGGCAUUCAGUAUAGAACCAUCGACGAACAUGAUGCCAUCAUCUAAGGGAAUCCCAGGCCCAGUGGAAAGAAGCUGACACAGCCCUGUCACUUUUGGCUUAUGAAUUAAACAAUGUUCUGUUCUUGAAAAUAAUAUAAAUAGGCCAUACAUAUGAUAUACAGUCUAUUGUGUAUAUCAUUAGCUUAAGGUAAAAUGGGAAUGGUUUGUUUUUUAAUGGCCAUCUGUAGCAUACACUUAGCAAAUAGAGUAAAAUGAGUCCUGUCCCCUUUCGUGUUUCAUGAUCAUCUGGCCACAGCCCUGUGUGACAACACUGAAGGCGCUUGUCACAGCACUCAGGACUUUGUGUAUCUAUGCUGUUCACACAAGGGACUUCAGUGCUUGGCGCAAAUACUAAGGAGAAGUUAUACAAGUGAGCCAGUCAGGUCCUUAGGAGAAUUUUCAGUGUCUCUUCAGAAAGUAUCAAUAUUUUUUAUAUGUUUUAGAGACAAAACACAUGCAACCACCAUGAAAAUCAUAAAACCCCUAACAGUACCCACCUGGAGUUAGUCCUGUUGGAGAGCCUCUGUCUGUAUUAACUUCUUUUGAGUUAUCAAUGCAGUUGGCUUCUUCUCUGUAAUUUCAGUGAAUUACAAUCUUUAACAAUGUUUUAAAAAUUAGUAUACAGAUAAGUAAUUUAGAUUAUCUGCUACUAUGAGAACAUUGUUACUACUGGAAAUUUUUCAUAUUCAGCUAUUAACUUUUUAUUUAGUAAAUAAUUCUGAGAGAUGUACAGUUGCUUUAAAUAUCUAGAAAUGUUAAUGUAGUGUAAAUACAUCUAACAAAAAAACCUUACAUGAUUUCCAAUAUAACAUUUAGAUCUCUGUAAAAUCAGAACUAUAGCUUACUGCUGUGUUUAUCAAGCCAGGGAUCGUUGGGGUCCCCUCAGGCUACUAAAGCUGCAGGGUGAAAACAUACGGAGGAAAAGCACAGUAUUGUAGGGACAGACACCACUGUUAGCAUAUUUUGUUUGGAGUGUGUUCAAGUUUAUACUGCAGCACUCAAAACUCAGGGUUAAGUUUUGACAGCAGAGUUAGUCAUUACUAAAUUCUAACUUUUGUGAUCAGUUUUUAUUUUGCAGAGAAAGCCAUAUAGCAAGGAUUUGGGUAAGGACCAUUUUGUAUUAUAGCCAACUGAAGUGAUAUAUAGAACGUGACUCAUGCACUGUACUCAGAUUAGUUUGAAGAGUGAUGUGGAUGACAAAUUUUAUGUUACGAAUCUACCACUUCCAUUUCUUUGCAAAGAAAUUUGAUAUGCUUUAUAGUAAUGUGGGUCUUUUAAAUACAGUAGGUUUUGUCUUCUGCAUUCUUGGUAUUUUUCAGUGCUUCCAGUCAGUCAGAACUUUAUAGGCCUGCAAUUUUCUUGACUACUUGAUUUUAAGCACUUUCAAGAUAAAAAGUUUUAAGUACCAAGUGUCAUUAUUUGCCUUUAAAGUUUCCUGUCCUUUCAGUAUGAAAUACUACUAGUAUGUCAGUGCAGUGCUGUUUUGGUUAUUUCCAAAAAUUGAAGGAAAACAAUGAUACAAGCUGCUUUAUAGCAAGUUACCUGAGUUACUUAAGUAUAUGUUCAAUGAAAAUUAGCAGUAGGUCAUAGUAAUAAUUUUGUAUUUUCAGAAAAAAAUAUUUUUAAGCAAAUUCCUGUAAUUUUUUUUUUUUUUUAAUGAUGAUCAGCUUUUGGUAUUCUAUUGUUACUGAGAUCUAUUUUUAGAAUAAAAUGUUUUG